CAGCCGGUGCCGGUGAGGAUGAGCGCGUGAGAGAGAGCAGCGCGAGCCAGAUCCGCAGGGGUGCUGUGGACCAGUGGACAUUUUAUUGCUAAAGGGGAGUUCAAAAAGGAGAGGGCAGCAGUGGUAUUUUCCUCCACACCCCAUCAUCCCUGCAUCUCACACCUUCACCAAAAUGAAGCUGAAAGAGGACUUAAACCCCAUGUUGCUGCUCCUCUUCCACCUUAUGGUGUGGACCUAUACUAUCAUCACCUUUCUGCCUUCCUACCUCCUCAGCUGGGCCUCCAGAACUGAUGGAGGCGUCUAUGGUUCGGAGGAGGAGCGAGCCAAGAGAGCAAAGGCUCGCUCCGUCCAGGGACGUCCAGAGGGGCCGUACAGAGCAGUGAGCGCAACCAAGAGGCUCGCUGUGUCCAUGCACCCGGGAGUGGAUACUCUGGAUAAGAUGUUUGAAUACGCUGCCACCAGGUUCCCUGACAAAGACUGUCUCGGGACCAGGGAGGUGAUCAGCGAGGAAGAUGAGCGACAGAGCAAUGGGAAAGUCUUCAAGAAGGUAGUUCUGGGUGAGUACCAGUGGCUCUCCUACAAGGAAGCUCUGACUGCAGCAGUUCAGCUGGGCAGUGGUUUGGCAGCGUUGGGGCAACGGCCCAAAACCAACAUCGCCAUCUUCUGUGAGACACGAGCGGAGUGGUUAAUAGCUGCCCAGGCCUGCUUCGCAUACAACUUCCCAUUGGUCACCCUUUACUCCACAUUGGGAGGUCCAGCCAUUGCUCAUGGCCUGAAUGAGACACAAGUCACCCACAUCAUCACCAGCACAGAGCUCCUGGAGUCCAGACUAAAGGAUAUCCUGUCUGAAGUUCCAAAGCUGCAUCACAUCAUCGUGGUGGACAAAACUCCAACCACGUGGCCCGGCUAUCCAGCUGGGGUUCACAUCCACAACAUGGCUGCUGUUCAGAAGUUGGGGGACAGGCAUGAGAACGCGACACGUGAGCGCAAGCAGCCACUGCCCUCAGACGUUGCCGUCAUCAUGUACACCAGUGGAUCCACUGGGGUCCCGAAGGGAGUGGUGAUCUCCCACAGCAACAUCAUGUCCAGCAUCACAGGGAUAGCUGAAAGGGUGCCCAACCUCUGUGAGGAGGACACCUACAUCGGAUACCUCCCUCUGGCCCAUGUGCUGGAGCUGUGUGCAGAGCACCUGUGUAUUUCUCAUGGAUGUAGGAUCGGCUAUUCCUCGCCUCAGACUCUCGCUGACCAAUCAUCUAAGAUCAAAAAAGGAAGCAAGGGAGACACCAGUGUCCUGCAGCCCACCCUGAUGGCAGCCGUCCCGGAGAUUAUGGACCGCAUCUAUAAAAAUGUAAUGACCAAAGUGGAAGAAAUGAACAGUAUCCAGCGAACGCUCUUCAUUCUGGCAUACAACUACAAACUGGAGCAGCUUGCCAAAGGCAACGCCACACCGCUGUGUGACUGGCUGGUGUUCAGGAAGGUUCGCUCUCUGCUGGGAGGUCGUACGCGGGUGCUGUUAUCGGGCGGAGCCCCACUUUCUGCAGCGACGCAGCGCUUCAUGAACGUGUGUUUGUGCUGCCCGGUGGGUCAGGGCUACGGCCUCACGGAGACCUGUGGUGCCGGGACAGUCUGCGAAGUUUGGGAUUACAGCACUGGGAGAGUGGGAGGACCACUGGUUUGCUGUGAGAUCAAGCUCAAAGACUGGGUGGAGGGUGGUUAUCGACGCACUGACAAACCACAUCCCAGAGGAGAGAUUGUCAUCGGUGGGCCCAACGUAACCAUGGGUUACUACAAGAGUGAAGCAAAAAACCAGGAAGACUUCUUUGUGGAUGAGAAAGGCCAGCGCUGGUUCUACACGGGAGACAUUGGAGAGUUUCAUGAAGAUGGGUGCCUCAAGAUAAUCGACAGAAAGAAAGACUUGGUGAAGCUGCAGGCAGGAGAGUACGUCUCCCUGGGAAAGGUGGAGGCCGUGUUAAAGAACUGUCCCCUGGUCGACAACAUCUGUGUCUAUGCCAACAGUGACGAGACGUACGCGAUUGGCUUCGUGGUGCCCAAUCAGAGACAGCUGCUGGCUCUAGCUGGUGAGUACGGUAUCCGCGGGUCACGGGAGGAGCUGUGCAACAGCAAGGCCAUGGAGGAGCUGGUUCUGAAGGUCAUCACUGAGGCUGCGCUGACAGCCCAGCUAGAGCGCUUUGAGAUACCUCGCAAGAUCUGUCUGAGUGCAGAGCCGUGGACCCCGGAGACGGGAUUAGUGACUGACGCCUUCAAGCUCAAACGCAAGGAGCUGAAAUCGCAUUACAAGGAUGAUAUUGAAAGAAUGUACGGUGGAAAGUAACAACCAGGACCAGCACAGCUUUGUCUCUUAGACCAGCACUAGACUCAAAAAAACACUCCCAGAGUUCCUAACCCCAACCACCAGCCCUCCAGCCCAUCAGUGAAAAGGCCGUAGUGACCUACAUCUUAAGGUUCCUAAGAUCUCACAGAAAGGAGGUUUAACAACUUGCAACGGAAGCAUGUUUUACUUGAAUUUCUUACAAAAGAGAUACUAAAAGAAAACCAGAAACGUCCUCGCCUGCCCUGUCAGUGAAUAGGUGUCAGACCCUUUUUGUGGAAAGCUUUAUUGUUCCAGAUGUGAGUUAUGAAACAGAGCAUGUUUUAGUGGAUGUUGUCUGUUGAGCUCCUGUCUGAGUGCUACAGCAGAAACUCAGGUCUGUUUGUUCCCUCAGUUUUUUUCUGUGGUCUUCCACGAGAAAUCCGGUUUGGGAUUGGUACAUUUAAAAAUCUGUUCUUGAGUCUUUUCUUAAGUUACUUUUAACUUAAAGAUUUCAGAUGUGUUCUUGGAUUCCUUCUGCUUUUCCUGCAGGUCAGGAGACAGUUAACCGUUUUGUUUCUCCUUUUUUUCUUUAAAUUGUUUAGAGCAUUAUCAUUAAUUUAUUAAGUCUCCCACUCACACUCAGACCGACUCCCCCACACUUGUGGGAUGUCCUAAUAACAAAAGCACAAAAUCACAUCACAACAAAUGAGACCGAGCAGAUGAAAUAUGUAGCUGUUAUCUGGUUUAAUGAUAUGUCUUUCAGUGAAGUGGAUGUAAGAAAUGUAUGUAGUGUAACUGCCACUACUGGGACUGUUGAAUGCAUUACCAUGCAGUGUGUUGUUCCAGUGGUAAGAGAGGAGUCUCCCUCUGUAUGGGUUAAAAAGAAAGAAACAAAACUGCAUGCUUGUUAGUCUGUUGAAUCUUCCUACAGUGACAGAAGACACUUUUGCAAAUGUGCAGAACACAGUUUGCAGGAAAAAUGCUUGUUUAACAGAUGGAAUUACUGUGUAAUCGUUGUCGUAUUUGAUAAAUCAUAGUGCAAUAUGAAAAUGUACCAUGUCUGCCCAAUUAAGGCGGUUAAUUAAAUGCAGGACAAAAUUAAAACUGUCCCAGUUUGUUGGUGAAGCAGCUGAAGAGGAAGCACGCUUGCUCGUGUGUUUGGGUGUGUGUGGAAAACAUUCUGUUUAAAGCUUUGCCACAUAUUUUCUGCCAUCUGUGUGACAGAGUGUGUGAGUCAGUUUGUCCUUUCACAGCACCAACACGGCCCCAGCAUCCCUCGCUGUGUGACACCUGGUGCCUUUUUUUGUGAUUCUGAAAGUCGCCUUCGUGAUUCCAGACUGAUUAUUAAUUGGGUGGUGCUGUGAUCAGCAGAGAAGUGAAUGGAUGGGUUUGGGAUUAACUCCGCUCCCGCUCUGUAUUGAGAGUCUGCCUCAUAACAAGUUCAUCCAACUAUUUAUUUGUAAUCUGUCUUUGAAAAAAUAAAACCUCAAAUGAAGUAAAUAAAGACUGU